UCGUAUUCUAGUUUGUCGAAGAAAAUUUUGCAGUGAGCGACGAUUGCAAAAUGUUAAAAAAAUUUUUGAAUAACUCAAUGUUACUUCUGAUUUUAAUCUUAGAGUUGCUUAACUGUUCUGAACAAUACGAAUUGGUGGUACUUAGAAGUACACAAAAUGUGAGAAAAUCAAACAUCGUCAAAAGGCAAAGUCCACAACAGGACGUGCCAAAAAUUAAAGAAUUUUUGGUCAACACCACCGUAGCCAAUCGUUUCGCGGAAACUACAGUGAUCAGUAAAGUGGAAAAUAUGGAUAGGUACUCCAAGCAAACUGCUUUCUCGGUGGUGCUUCCUGAAAGCGCUUACAUAUCUGGUUUUUUCAUGGAGACCGAUGGUAAAAUGUACAAAGCGUACGUCAAAGAGAAGAAAGAAGCUCGGAGGCUCUUCGCCAACGAGCUGUCUACCGGUCAAACAGCCGGUCAUGUUUCGGUCAGUACGCGCUACUCAAAUAGAUUCACCGUUAACGUUAACAUCGAACCCAUGAGUAAAGUCACAUUUUCCUUAAACUACGAAGAAUUACUCAAACGACAAAACGGUAAAUACCAAAUUGUCACUAACAUCCAACCUGGGCAAAUCGUGAAGAAAUUGAAAGUCGAAGUGAGAAUAAAAGAAAGCACGCCGAUAGUAAACUUAAGUACACCAUACCUAGCGUCUGGUAGUAACGCUUUACUCCAACUAAACUCCGAUUUGGAUCCUCACGCAAGAAUCAAGCGGUCUAAUAACUCUGCUUACAUACUUUUCGAACCAGACAUAACCAGACAGUUAAAUUUCGCAUGCGCCGGUUUGGGAAACACCGAGUACAACGGAUUUGCCGGACAAUUUAUAGUGGAAUACGACGUGGAUAGAUCCAAUGAAGGAGGAGAGACUAUAUAUCAGGACGGUUUCCUGGUGAAUUACUUUUCGCCGAAGAGCUUCGACCCGCUUCCCAAGCAUGUAGUCUUCAUAUUGGACACAAGCGGUAGCAUGGAAGGCUUAAAAAUGCAGCAGGUGAUUGAAUCAAUGGAAAAAAUUUUACCUCAACUACAUGACGAAGAUUUGUUCAACAUCGUACAGUUUUCUGCAGGAGUGUACAUUUGGGACUUGGAUUCGAAAGGAAAUAACGUGUUGGGCGAUGAAGAUUAUACGCAAGUUAAUUACGGUAACUUGGCAGAAGAGUUAAAGAACACGCACAUCACACCAGCUCAUCCUGCUACCAAGGAAAACGUACAAAAAAUCCUUAAUCUUAUAAAGCAACCAUGGGACUUUCAUUGGACGAAUAUUAUAGGAGGUUUAGAAAUCGGUUUAUUGGUAAUACAAAGAGCACAGCAACAAUAUCCAGAUAAAUACGUACCGAUUAUAGUAUUUUUGACGGAUGGAGUACCCACCGUUAGUUCCGCAGAGGAAAUCACAAAGCAGACCAUAGCCCUAAAUAAGGCUAGUUAUAACACUCCAAUUUAUUCUAUAUGUUAUGGCGAGGAUGCAGAUUGGCAAUUUCUAAAAAAUCUAAGCAAGAAAAGCGACGGCCGACCGAUGAAAAUUUCGGCCACCGCUGAUGCUUCCAUAUUUUUCCAAAACUUUUACAGCACCAUUUCGAACCCGACUCUAAGUAAUCUCACGUUUGGGGGCCUUCCGAAAACGGCCCAAGCCACUCAAACCAAUUUCUCGCUUUUUUUCAACGGAUCCGAACAAGUAAUCGCAGCGAAAGGUGUUACCGGCAACGACACAAAACCGAUAACAGUAUCGGCGAGAGGUAAAGACGGUUUGGUCAAUCUGGAAUCCAAAAUUGGUGUACCGCUUACGAAAUUGGAAAAAAUUUGGGCUUAUCUCACUAUUAAGGAAUUAUUUGAUCAAUAUGAGAGCACUGGAAACGCGACGCUGUAUGAUCUAGCCCUUAACCGGGCCCUGAAUUAUUCCCUUGUGACUGAUUUUACGUCUUUAAUCGUCGUCAAACCCGGCGGCGAAGAUGAAGACCCUGUUGAACCAGAGGAUGCUUUUAUGGGUAUAUUUCCAGAACCGCCGGGAACUUUACCCAUGUGCAAUAAUAUUACUGAUUGGAUUAUUGAGCAUUACAAUACCACAGAACCGGAGAUUGACGAAACUACAGAGCCACCUUACAUCUUUGACCUAAUUGAACCCGAUUUUGAAGUUACUACCAGCACGACGGAAGUUUCUACUACUACUACUGAAGCCGAGACAGAGAUGACCACGACAGAUAUACCCUUCAUCGAUGAAGACAUUCUUGAAUAUGACUUUGGCUUUUCUUUGUCUGAAACAACAACGACAACGGAAAAAAUUGUGACUUGCAUCGACUCGAUUUACGGUUGUUGUUACGAUGGAGUAACUUUUUCUACCAAUCCUAACAAGGAUGGAUGCGACCCUAUUCCCGAUCAAGAAAGUUGUUCAUUGUCGGUGGAUCCUGGACCGUGCAAUAACAAUUCAAUAAAAUGGGUUUACAGUACAAUAAAUAAUCGAUGCGAGAUGUUCCGAUAUGGAGGUUGUGGAGGAAACACCAACAGAUUUGCGACCAGAGAAACGUGCGAAAACACUUGCGUUAAUCCCGUUGAUUCAAAAAGAUGCAAACUUCCCAUUUCGUUGGGCAAUUGCAAAAUGAAUGUGUUGCGUUGGUUCUACGAUAAAUCCCGAGACGAGUGCGUUAAACAUUUACACGGCGGUUGUGACGGCAACAAUAAUAGAUUUCGUUCUAAACUUGAAUGUUUGAAAACAUGCAAUCCUAAUAAAUGGGAACAAACCAUAAGAGACUUGUGCUAUCAACCGAAGGAUAAUGGUACCUCGAGUUGCAGACGAUUCGAAAAGAAUUACUACUUCAACAGUACGGUGGGUCAAUGCAUAAAAUUUUGGUUCAGUGGAUGCGGCGGGAACGACAAUCGUUUCACCAGUAAGAACGUGUGCGAAAAACUCUGCAUUUAUUCCAAAAACAAAUCUAUUUGCCAAUCUCCGCCAGAGUACGGUGAUUGUUACCACAAUUACAGCAUGUAUUAUUUCGAUACGAAGACUUCCAAAUGUGAGAAAUUCCAGUAUAGCGGUUGCGGUGGAAAUCAGAAUAGAUUUUUAACCUUGCAUAAGUGUCAGGAUUUCUGCCUGCACUCUAAAGCUAAGUACUCAUAAGUAUUGAGAGUUCUAUAAGUUUUAUAUGUAACUGGCUGUUUUAAAAAUAUAAAUUAGAGAUAUUAAU